AAUUAAAACGUGACCACUUUGGUUGCUGUUGCUAACUUCACCACGAAGGCACCUGUCAUUGAGGGGUUACUCGUUAAAAAUAUUUUCUAAAAAGUAGAGCCAAAUGGCCGAAGCGGAACCCCGAAAUGUGGUUGAAAAAUUUUUUACUUCAGUGGCUAAUGUUUUAGUAACUCCAACCGUGUGGGUUAGAGAAAAAAUCGUGGAACCCAAUCAACAGUCUUACCCAUGGUACCAUCAAAAGUUUCGCAGGGUGCCCACCAUUGAUGAAUGUUACACAGAUGAUGUUGUGUGCCAGUUUGAAGCUGAAGCUCAAUACAAGCGAGAUAGGUUAGUUGAUUCCAAUAUUCUGUCCAUUCUAAGAGCGCGAUUUGAGGACUGCACCUUAUAUGAAGCUCCUGAUCACUUGGAAAAGUGCAAGCCUCUCUGGGAACAAUAUGAAGACGCUUCCACCAACUGGUUCAUUAAAUAUGGCGAUUUGGGGGGUUAUCACAAUGUUAAGUCUGCUUACAUGAAGCAAAAACACCGUAUGAUUUGGGAGCGUAGACAUGGACCUGUAGGUUCAGGAAAGAAGGACACUGAAUAAUAUUCACCAGUUGGUCUGCCUUCUAUGUGUGUAGUAACUCUGUAAAGUAAGAUACUGUAGAACAUUUUUGAGGUAUAAAUUGUUGAUUAUUGAAAAAGUACAAA